CUUCGGUUCAGGGAAGGGAUCAACAGUAUCCAGUUUACGGAGGCGCCGUACGUAGCGAAGUUAACUUUUAUUUCUUUUUUUAUUUUGUCAGUUGAACAAUGUCACUUCAAGCCAAUGCUCUCAGUCUGCAGUGUUGCGGUGAUCAGAUUAUUACCGUCAUAGAUUACACCCGUCUGGAAGCCUUAUGUGGCAUCAGUGGACUCGGAGAUGGCGAUUCUAAAUCCACGGCAGAGGCCCAUAAAGAUUUCAUGAGCUCCUAUCAAAAGAUAUUCCUGCGGCCCCAGAAAGUGACCCCGCGUAUCCCGCAUCCUUCGAACUGCAAGCCGUACGUCCCAGUUCCUGUGGGAGGAGCCCGAGGAGGCCCCGGUGCACCCUGGGAUACGAGGCAGAGCCAGGGUCACGGGGGGAUCGCCCAAACGCUGAGGGCUCUGAGGAAACUGCCCAUAGACCGGUCCCAGGCGGACCAGCAGGCUGUGCGCAGGACGCUCAGCUCCUCUCCCUGCAUCUCCACCCUCCUGACCAAUCAGGAGCUUCAGCAGGUCAGCUGCAUCGCCAUCCUGGAGAGCUGGGAGAGGGAGCAGACCAUUUCCAGACCGGACGCCCCUGCCGACGUCUGGAUGGAGGGCAAGCUCGCUCAUCCUCCCCCUGCCGGGGGAGCGGCUAUAUCUGCAGACCGUCUGGCCCCAGCCGUUGUGUGCCUCCCUGCCUCCUCACCCUCUGUUUGCGUCUCGUUCCGCAGUCUUGGAAUCAAACGGAUUCACCUGGUGCUGAGAGGCUCCGUGAGGCUGCUCCCGCAGGAGGCCUCCUCCACUGCCACGGCAACGAUUGGGGUGGGGGGCUGUUUCGGGUCUCUGGAGGAGCAGGAGGGUCAAAGGGUCACCCAGUGCGCCGUAACGCUGGACAACUGUGACAUCCUGAGGAUCCCCAGGGCUGCCUACGCCAAACUCAGAGAGGAGAUUGAAGCCCAGAACUCCGCCCUGAGAGAGUCCAUCGUCCAAUCCUGUCCUUUCUACCUCAACUGGCCCAAGCUGUCGAUCAAAAAACUGUCCGACCUCAUCCAAAUGAGACAACUGCCAGCCAAUCAUGCCCUGGUUCGGGAGGGCGAGGUGUGUCCCUACGUGGCCUACAUCCGCACAGGAGAGUGUCACAUCCUUCGGGAUAUCGGGGGACGGGGGAAAACAGGACGAGGGAAAAAGGGCGACAGGUUCGUUGUCGUGGGCACACUCAGGCCCGGGGAGUCGUUCGGGGAGGCCAGCGUGCUCCUGGACCUGCCAUCCCCGUUCAGCGUUGUCACGGCGAUGGAGGUGAAGAUGGCGGUCAUCCUUCCCGGCGAUCUGAAAGGGCUGGACCUGGUGACUCAGUCUCUGAUAGAGCAGACAGAGGAGCCUGCCUAUGGGAAACUGAGUCAGGAGCAGAUUAACAAGAUGUACGUGGCACAGGAGAGACACAAGGAGUGGCUGCACAUCAAGAAACGGGUGGUGAGUGACGCUCUGCUCUACAACGGCAUCACACAGGGACGUGGGAAGUGGAGCCAGAGCAGGGCCGGGAGAGCCCAGCACACACACAUCAAGACCCGCGCUUCCUCUCUGUGAACACACACACACACACACACACUCACACACACACACUCACACACAGACACACACUCACACACACA